GCUUGUGUCUCUUUACAGCACCGUGUGCCAGAAAUAUGGCUACAGACUGGCUUGGAAGCAUCGUGUCAAUUAACUGUGGAGAAAGCUUGGGAGUCUACCAAGGAAGAGUGUCUGCAGUGGAUCAGAUCAGCCAGACCAUCUCCCUGACACGACCCUUCCACAACGGGGUCAAAUGCCUCGUGCCAGAGGUCACCUUCAGGGCAGGUGACAUUACUGAGCUGAAGAUCCUGGAGAUCCCAGGACCAGGGGACAGCAGGCAAUGUGGGGAUGUGCAGCCCAUGGAACCGUGCAUCCCUGGAGUUGGGUGCCAAGUGGGGCCCAGCCAGAAUGGCACUAGCAAGGUGGUAAAGAAGCCCAUCUCCAGCACUGCCCCCCAGAAUAUCCCAAGGAGAACAGACAUGAAGAAUCAGGAUGUUAUCAUCUCUCCACAGCAGCAGUGCUCCAAGAGCUACAUGGAUCGACACAUGGAAUCGCUGUCUCAGUCCAAAGGCUUCCGUAGGAGGCACAAUUCCU